UAAAUUAAAUACUUAGUAGCAAACACUCAAUAAAUACACACAAACUGCACGGUAGAAAUAACAAUCAAAUUUAUUGUAACCAUGGCGAUGGAAACUAUUUUGGGGAUCAAGGGACCGGACUUCGUGAUGCUCGCUUCGGAUACAAUGCAGGCCAAGUCCUUGAUUUUCAUGAAGGAUGAUCAGUCAAAAAUACACCGAUUGUCGGACUUCAAUAUGAUGGCCACUGUGGGCGACGGAGGCGACACCAUUCAGUUCACGGACUACAUCUCCAAGAACCUCCACCUGUACAAGAUCACCAACGGCUACCACCUGAGUGCCAAGGCAGCGGCGCACUUCACCCGGAAGAACCUGGCCGACUACCUGAGGACGAACACCCGCUACCAGGUGGCCAUGCUGGUGGCAGGAUUCGACGCUGCCGAGGGUCCCGACCUCCACUACAUCGACUCCUACGGCGCCGCACAGCCCAUCAACCACGCGGGACACGGAUGGGGCAGCAUGUUCUGCGGCAGCAUCCUGCAGAGGUUCUGGCACCCGCGGCUCACCCAGCCGGAGGCCUACUCCCUGAUGGGGAAGUGCGUCCUCGAGAUCCAGCGGCGCCUCAUCAUCAACCAGCGGAACUUCGAGGUCUACGUGGUGGACGCGAAGGGGAUGCGCAAGAUGGAGCCCAUCAAUCCGGGAUCCCUCAGCAAGGAGGCCAUCAGCCUGUGCUGGUAGAGUUGGAUUCCGGCUAACUUUUGCUGCGAUGCUCGAACAAUUUCCCAGGGAUUAGUUGACGUGACCGGUUCGGAUUUGGCUGGCUGGAAAAGGGGUUGAUGGUUGGGGUUCAAGGGGUAGCCUUGCUACAAGCCAUGGUCGACUGCCUCCGUGUAUUAGCAUAUGUGGCCAGCCCUUGUUCUCCAUGUGAGCCAUCUGUCUGGAUGUGGGUGGCUCUGUAUUUGUUUGCGCAACAAUGAUAGAAGUUGCACUUGAAAAAAUGUGUAAAGUAUAAAAUGUGAAAUAAAUGUAUAUGAAUCUAAAAGGAA